AGUCGAUGCGGAUGCCAGGUAGAUAGUGUUAUGGCGGUUGUAGAAAUAAAUCGACGACAUGGAUCGUUGGAAAUAUAUAGUUUAUUAAGCUUGUAGUCUUUUAACUCCGUUGGGGAAUGGCUGCAACAACAAAUUUUGGUGCAAUGAAUGGUACAUUGAACAUGUCUACUCCACCACCCCCAUUGCCACCACCACCACCGCCACCACCAGGCGACUGUGAACCUCCACUCAAGAAAAUCAAGGUGGAAGGAGAUGCCCAGCAGCCACCGUCUCCUGCACAACCAUUACAUUCAGCCUCAGAGUUUUUGCCGGGUCCAAUAUACAAUUUAGCACAGUCAGGACCUCUUGUGGCAGGUCCUGGGGCCCGGAAUACAACAAUCCCAGGCCUCCUUGGCGCUGGACUUCCUAAGCUCACUCAAGAGCAGCAGGAGGCAGUAACCCGUGCCAAGAAGUAUGCCAUGGAACAGAGCAUUAAGAUGGUGCUUAUGAAACAGACACUUGCACAUCAGCAGCUGCAAAUGGCUAGUCAAAGGAGUCAGGUUCAAAGACAACAGGCCCUCGCCCUCAUGUGCAGGGUAUAUGUCGGGAGCAUAAGCUUUGAACUGAAGGAAGACACAAUAAGACAAGCAUUUCUGCCGUUUGGUCCAAUCAAAUCAAUCAACAUGUCUUGGGACCCAGUGAUGCAGAAACAUAAAGGAUUCGCCUUUGUAGAGUAUGAGAUUCCGGAGGCUGCACAGCUGUCCCUAGAACAGAUGAACGGCGUGAUGAUCGGGGGAAGAAACAUCAAGGUAGUGGGACGCCCCAGCAACAUGCCCCAGGCGCAGUCUGUUAUUGAUGAGAUUACUGAAGAAGCGAAACAUUACAAUCGGAUUUAUGUGGCAUCUAUACAUCCAGAUCUCACUGAAGAAGACAUCAAAAGUGUGUUUGAAGCUUUUGGGCCAAUCAAGUACUGCAAAUUGGCUCCUGGCAGCACUCCAAGUAGACACAAAGGCUACGGUUUCAUAGAAUAUGAGACUCAGCAGGCUGCAUUAGAAGCCAUCGCCUCGAUGAACCUGUUUGAUCUUGGAGGCCAAUACCUGAGAGUGGGGAGGGCAAUUACCCCUCCCAAUGCACUGCAGGUGAGGCAACCCAAGGGGCCAGCAAGUGCAGCAAGUAUGAUGCCCACAGCUGCAGCUGUUGCCGCUGCUGCUGCCACUGCCAAGAUUCAGGCAAUGGAUGCAGUAGCAAGCAAUGCUGUUGCUCUAGGAUUGUCAAAAUUAGGGUCACCUGUUGCAACACCAUCACUGCUUCCAAGCAUCCCAGCACUUCCAACUGUGAUGCCCACAAUGCCUCUACAGUCAAUGCAGACGGUGCCAGGUUUGCAGACAGCAGCUCCUGUUGGGCUGUCAACCACACAUGCCCAUUCUGGCCUUUUGCCUUCAUCUGUGCCAGGCACAGCUAUCAUUCCUCCCCCCGGCUUGGCAAUUCCACAGUUCCGUGCUCCAGCUAUGAAUUCUCCAGUUACCACAACAAUAGGAGGGCAAGCAGUAACAGUAAUACCUCCUCCAGUUGUUCUCACUCCGACUGUGGUUGGCCAGCCAAUGACUGCUCAAGUAAACAGUCCUCAAGAUGUACUGCGGAGGGCUCAGGAGCAGGCACAGCAAAAGCAGCAGGAGGAACUGCAGAAGAAACUGCUGGAGGAAACCGAGCCCCAGACAUUGCAGCAGCAGGAGAACAUGUCCAUCAAGGGUCAGAGUGCACGCCACCUAGUAAUGCAGAAACUAAUGCGCAAAGUUGAGAGCCGAGUUGUAAUUCUUCGAAACAUGGUGGAACCUGAUGAUGUAGAUGAAACACUACAGGAAGAAAUCCAAGAUGAGUGCAGCAAAUAUGGUACAGUGGAAAGGGUGAUCAUUUACAAUGAGAAACAGUCCGAAGAUGACGACGAUGCUGAAGUUAUUGUAAAGAUCUUUGUCGAGUUCUCACAAAUGAGUGAAGCAGAGAGUGCCCGGGAUGCAUUAAAUGGAAGGUACUUUGGAGGACGCUUAGUGAAAGGUGAACUGUAUGAUCAAGCCCUGUUUGAUCACAAUGACUUCUCUGGUUGAAGCUGUUGAUUUCUCCUGUGGAGAAAGAUAUCUCAUAAUGCAAGCUGACAUUUUGUGUUGAGACUUCCAGGAUCUAUUUUUGUUGGACAAGUGUAAUAGUUGAGAGCAGUGAAACAUACUCCUUGUGGAAUUUAUAGAAGUGGUGUUAACUGUUUUGUGGAAGUCCCUGGAAACAGCAUUCCAAAUACUGAGAGUGAGACAACGAAGGGGUACAUGUGAUUGUACAGUACAUUCUCUGAAAAGGAAGACUUAAAUCUGUUCGAUAAUGAAUUCUGAUAAAGUCAUCAACUACAAUGUUAAACAGCAUCCAGUGGUUGGAUGGUUUUAAUGAAAAGUAGGAAUUAAAAUGUUCUCAGUAAA